GGACCGAACGCCGCGCCACCAAAUGACCACAUUUCGUUGCAAAGCAUUUUAUACACAGAGGCAGGAGGGAGAAAGAACCAUCCGUUGGCAUACUUUGUGGUUUUAGCUGCACAUUUCGGGUGCAAGUUACAUAUGAAAAAAAAAAAAAAAAAAAAUCGUUGCCACGUGAUGUGAAACAUAUCUACCGAUUUACGUACAUCCCGUUUAAACCACAUGGGGUGUGGAUUUGUUUCCGUACAAAGCCUUCCAACAUGCGCAUUUUUCUGCAAAAUGAAGCUUAUUUUGUGAUUUAUGAGAAAACUGUUUUUUUUAAAUGUUUUUUCAAAGAAGUGUUUAUUAUGUUUUUCCCGAGCGGUAUCUUCGUCAAUGUUAUUUUUUAACGCGCAAGUUUGUGAUUUAUGUUUAUCUUUAAUUCUCUUUUUUUUCUUUUUUUUCACAUUUUUUUCCCUUUUUUUUUCCUGUUUUUUCCCAUAUUUUUUCCCAUAUUUUUUCCUUUUUUUUUCCUUUUUUUUCCUUUUCUUUUUUCUCUUCCGUUCCUUCGAACAUUCCUGCCCCCAACGCAUGUAAACGCAAAAUGAACAUGUACAUAAGCAGAUUGGCCGCAAUACCAAAUUGCUAAUCCUUCUUGUACCCCUGCAUAUACGUUUACGUUAAAAUCGCCUCUGUAUGCAUUUGGACUCGAAGCGCGCCUGUUCGCUUUCGCAACAAUCGAUUGAGUACAUACGUUUCGUUUAUGGGCAAAAUGGAUUGCUUAAUAAAGAAGAUCAAGCAGGUGUUUCAGCACUCCAUCCAGAAGUGCUUCCCCUCGAUUAGCGAAGAAGUGGUGGUUACCUACGCCAACGCGAAAUUCGGCCACUUCCAAUGUAACAACGCCUUGAACAUUUUCAAAAAGUACGGAAAGGAAUUGAACGUGGAAAAUGCGCAGAAGCUCUCGCAGAUGAUAAUAGAAAACAUCAGCGAGAAUUUCUUCGAGGAAAUUAAAUCAUCCCCGCAAGGUUUCAUAACGGUUAAGUUGUCCAAGGAGUACAUAGAAAAGUCGCUACUAAAAUUGUAUAAAAAUAACCAAAUUGACAUCAGCGUGGAUAUAGAUGAAGUGAAGGGCGGAAACGAUGGAGACUACAAAAGAGUGUUGGUCGAUUUCUCUUCCCCAAAUAUUGCCAAAGAAAUGCACGUCGGACAUUUAAGAUCAACCAUAUUAGGAGAUAGCAUAUGUAGAAUUUUCGAGUUCCUAAAAGUGCAAACAAUUAGGGUUAAUCAUAUAGGAGACUGGGGCACACAGUUUGGAAUGAUAAUAAAUCAUAUAGUGUCUACUCACCCCAAUUUUAAGGAAAACAUGCCAGAAUUAACCAAUUUGACGAGUUUGUACCAAGAGGCUAAGAAGCUGUACGACGCAGAUAAAGAAUUCGAAAAAAGCUCCAAAAAUUAUGCCAUCAAAUUGCAGAACAAUGAUGAAGAUUGCUUAUUUGUUUGGAAAAAAUUAUGCGAAAGUAGCAAAAAAGAAUUCGACAAAAUAUAUAAAAUAUUAGAUAUCAAAUUAGAGUAUGUUGGAGAAUCACAUUACAUCAGUAUGAUUUCACCCGCUUUGCAAAUGCUAAAGGAUGAACAGUUGUUGUCAAAUGUUGGAGAUGCUAUCUGUUAUCAAUCGGAAAAUUUUAAUGUCCCAUUAUUUUUACAAAAGUCGAAUGGGGGCUAUGGCUACGAUUCUACAGAUGUUGCUGCUAUUCAUUAUAGAUUAAAAGUAUUAAAUUCCGAUUGUCUUAUUUACGUUACGGAUAAUGGACAGUUAACUCAUUUCGAAACUAUAUUUGAGCUAGCCAAGAAGGCAAAAUGGGCAAGUGAAAACACCAAGUUAGUUCACGUUGGGUUUGGUCUUGUCCUAAAUGCAGAUAAUAAAAAAUUCAAAACGAGAAGUGGCACCAACAUAAAGCUCAUUAAUCUCAUCAACGAGGGGACUGAGCGAGCCAAGAAGGACCUCCUCGAGAGGAUUCAGCUGAAGAGCGAGGAGGAAAAGACCUACUUUAAAGGAAUAGACAUAGAUCAGCUGAGCGAAGAGCUGUGUGUGAGUGCCAUCAAAUAUUUCGACCUCAAGCAGCACAGAAACACGGACUACAAGUUUUCGUAUGAUAAUAUGCUGAAUGUGAAAGGAAACACGGGACUGUACAUUAUAUACGCCUACUCAAGGAUGUGCUCCAUUUUUAGAAAGUGCAGCGUAGAUAUGGACGAGUUGUCGAAAGACGAGCUGAACCUGGUUAGCCCCUACGAAGUAAACCUAGGAUUGCACAUUUUAAAAUUCCCCGACGUCUUUUAUUUUGUUUUAAAAAAUAUGCUAAUUCACAAAUUGGCCGAGUACACCUACGACUUAACGACCACAUUCACGGCGUUUUACGAAAACUGCAAAGUGUUAAACAGCGAAAACGAGAAAACGAGACUAAUUCUGUGUGCCAUAGCAAAGUCGUUAUUACAGAUUUGUCUGGGACUCCUGGGCAUGAAGGCCAUAGAAAAAUUGUGAGAGAAAGAACAAAGAACAGGAUUUAGAAAGAAGCAGUGAAUAACAAAUGGGCAAGGGAUUCACACCCCUUCAACGGCACGAGCGACGGAUCAGUAUCUCCCGAUAGUGUUCAACAUCAUUGGCGUAACACCUUUUUUUACCCCCUUAACUGUACAUUACCAUUUUUGAUUGCCAAACUGUAGAAUAAGAAUUUUUUUUUUUUCAAUUAAGUAAAAAUGAAAUUGCUAUUUUUACCAAAUGGUGAUAGCCCAUCGUGUUGGUCACGCCAUCUUUUGACUUCCCACAAAUUCUUCGCACAGUGGGAAUGAGAAAAUAAAUUUUGCACAUGUGCAGGGGAGAAGUUAAAACAUCACAAAGUAGAGAGAAAAUAAAUAAAUAAAUACAUACAUAAAAAAAUAAACUUAAUUAAAGUGUGUGUUUGUAGAAUGGACAGCUCAGUGCGAAGUCCAUUUUGUACGUGUGAGUGUUGUACUAUAUUAAUUUUUUUUUAUUUUUUUUGUAAUUGUAACAAUAUUGUAAGCCGCAAAGGACUUUAAA